CCACACAGAAAGGCCCCAGUCGGACUUGAACCCGGGACCUCCUUGCUGUGAGACAACAGUGCUAACAAUGUGUCAUUUGGACAUCCAACAGCUACAGCAGCGCGCUUCUCACCGCGCCUUGGAUGCCGUGUGACCAGUAGCACCGAGCGGAGAAAAGCGUCCAUCGCAGCGCCGUCCGUCCUCACACCAGCACAGCAAAAACAAAAACCCAAACGAUGACAUUCUUACAGAGACGACAGGAGCAAACAUUUAUUUGACAACUUCCGAUACCAACACCUUACCUUCGCCGCUCCCUCGCUGUAAGUGCCCCGCUCCAACUUCACACCCCCCACCCAGCCCGUCGGCCCUCCAGUCCAGCAGGACCAUGAUGCUCAGCAGCUCCGUGGAGGUGCCCAGCCCGGGUGGGAUGAGCGGCCUCAGCGGGUUGAGCGUGGCGGCCCGGAACGUGGUGCGCUCCUCCAGCAUCUCCGGGGCCAUGUACAACCUGGAGAAAAGUCCCGGCAGCGGGGGUCCAGACUCCGCGUCCCUGGCUGGCAACAAGAAGCGGCGCUCCAGUUUGGGGGCCAAGAUGGUGGCCAUAGUGGGGCUGUCGCAGUGGAGCAAGAGCACGCAGCAGCUCAACCAGCAAGACGGCGGAACGAAGAAGCUGCGCAGCACCAUCCGACGGAGCACGGAGACCGGCAUCGCGGUGGAGAUGAGGAACCGAGUGACACGGCAGGGCAGCAAGGACUCAACCGACGGCAGCACCAACUCAAACAGCUCCGACGGAACGUUUGUCUUCCCUACAACGCGCCUGGGGCCCGAGAGCCAGUUCAGCGACUUUCUGGACGGACUAGGCCCCGCUCAGAUCGUAGGCCGACAAACAUUAGCUACACCCCCCAUGGGGGAUGUUCAUGUAGGCAUGGUAGACAGAGGAGGGCAGCUGGAGGUGGAGGUCAACCAGGCCAGAGGGCUGAUCCCCAAACCCGGCUCCAAGAACAUACCAGCAACCUACGUGAAGGUGUAUGUUCUGGAGAACGGAGUGUGCUUGGCCAAGAAGAAAACCAAAGUAGUGAAAAGGAAUCUGGACCCCACCUACCAGCAGGCUCUGUUGUUUGAUGAGAGUCCUCAGGGCAAAGUCCUACAGGUAAUAGUGUGGGGGGAUUAUGGGCGUAUGGACCACAAGUGCUUCAUGGGAAUGGCCCAGAUCCUCCUGGAGGACUUGGACCUGUCUGCCACAGUCAGCGGCUGGUACAAGCUGUUCCCUACCUCCUCUCUGGCAGACCCCAGCAUCGGACCCCUCACCAGACGUCUCUCCCAGUCCUCCCUGGAGAGCGCCACCAGCCCCUCGUGCACCUAGACACCCAGGAGACACCCACACAUGCACGAGCACAGGCAGAGUCAUGCAUACACAGACACACGUACUGUAAAUACACAACGACUGUAUUUGAUGCGCAAGACAGGUACACACACACACACACACACCUACACCCACGUGCAUCUGUGCAGGAAAAACACACUUGACAUAUACUUUCGAAUACCCAAUCUCAUUCCCAUUCACACACACCUUUACCGGACAGUUUUCUCUCUCGUCACAUUCAAAAGCGAUUCGUCAUCCAGACGCCAUUUACCUGAACAUGUAGCAUUUUUCCACUCACCCGUUUCUGCAUCUCACACCACGAAAACCAGGAUUCACCGGGUGCCAUGUUCUGCAUUCCAACUCACCAGAUUUCCGUGGCACGCCUCAUCCUGGUGCCAGUUUCUAAACUCUCUAUGCCAAACUAAGAAAAAAAACUUUAUUUUUUAAAACCAAAGCAAUUGUUAUCGUUGUUAUUAUUACUAUAAGUCGUAAGUGAACUAGUAUACAACAUAAAGUAUGGAUAUGUAGCAGAGUCGAUGACUUAGAUGUAAUGCAAAAAAAAAAAAAGAAGUUACAUUCUACACACACGAGCUGAGGACGGUAGGUAGGCGUAACACACAUGAACAUACCCGGCUAACAGGCUCGGAUAUUCACAUAAUGGCUAUUAUGUGAGGUAGCAACACUGCUAUUCUAUAAUUUUCACAGGGCAGAGUUUAUAUAUAGAUAUAUAUGUAUAUAUAUAUAUCUAAAUAGAUAGUUAAUUAAAUACUUAUUUGUGUUAAUAAAUGUAUCGGCUGCAUUCUGCAUGUUUGCUUGCAAGACAUUUUAAACCGCUUAAAUCUUUUCAUUUAGCUUGACCAAUGUAACAGGAGUAUAGUGGCUCUUUAUUUGCGCUCCUGAUUAAAGAGCACUGCACUGAGUUAGUGAGAAGGAUGGGACUUUGUUGACAGGGCGGCUAUCAUCGCUAUCUGCGGACGAAGAGAACAAAUUAGUCAGCCAGCUGCACAUUCGCUGAUGAACACAUUUCUGAUCCCGCCUUCAUCCGUCAAAGUAUCAGACUGUCGCCGCAGGGCGGUUUGCACAAAGUGCGUUGGGGGAGAUGUGACCACUUCUAGUCUGGGGCUCGUGUGUUUUCCUCAGUCUCUGUCUCUACCAGCACCUGGACUUGUUAGGACUUCUUCUUCGUGUUGCUUUCCCCAUUUUUGUGUUGGAUGAAGGAUGGUGGCGUGCGUGCCUCUGCCUCUCUACUUCUGGCCAGACACACACACGUGCAAACACGCACACAACUGGUGUCAAUAUUUAACCCUCUUAUUUUGUCUUUGUUUACUCCUCUUUGAACUAAACCUAUUGUACACAUGUAUUUAGUUUCAGAUUUUUCUUUUUGAUAUAUUAUGCCAGUAUUAUUUUAUUAACAAAUGCCAUAUGUGGUAGUUUUACAUGUUAUAGACACAGAUGACAACAAAUCGUUCAGCUUUCUUAUAUUACAUCUCUUGUGUGUUUGCAUUUAGCUGAGCACUUUAUUGUAAAAAAACAAUAUGUAUUUGAUUUCCUAACUUGCAGUGGUUGACCACUUGUUAAUUUAUUGCCACUUUAGUUCAGUCACACUGCUUUGCACAUUUUGGAAUAUUCGAGGUCCAGCAUGAAAAUGUAACUCCAGUGUAUUUUGAUUUUCGCCAUAAAGGCUCACCAGAGCAGCUGAAACAGGCUCAGGUGCCGUUUUCUGAUCAAAUCAUAAAAUCUCACAAUCCCAAUUCCAAGAUGAUGUCACGUCAGUGGCGUUUUAAUCUGCGUUGAGACCAACACCGAGUCCUUUUACACGGAUAAAGACGCUAAUUGCUGUCGUAUUUCAGUAGUGUAAACAGCUGACAGUCUCGAGCCUCAGGCUACUAAACGCUUGUAUGCGUUUACGAGCUCACAUUCUGUUUUAUCGCCACCAUGUGUUCGCUUUAUCUUUCUGCAAAAAAGGGAAAGUUUCUUCCCCCGCACUUCAGACACAACACAUUUCUGCGCUCUUUGAACUUUGGGUAAAGGGGUCCCUGGCAUUAUUGAACCUUAGGGAGGAGCAUAGCGGCCGAUCUUGACCCUCCGGCCGUGUACACAACCUUUUUCAGAAGUACCAUCGAGGUCUGGGUUCCAAUUUGAUUUUAUGUUUUGGAGCUUUUCUUUGCUGGAUCUGUACUUGUAUGGUCACGUAUAUGAAGUAAGUUUAUGUACCUUGUUGAUUUCUAUCUAUCUAUUUUUUUUGUGGACAGCUGGUACAGUGUAAAAAUAAGGACUGUCGGUAUUUGCACACGUUCUCAGGUGUGCACAAAAAAGUUUGGUUGACAAAAAAAAAAUUACACAGAAAGUAAAAAAAUUACAGUUUUUAGACUUGUAUAACCUCCCUGCUGAAUGUUCAGUCCUUGGUAAACUAUAAAAAAUACUGGUAAUAUUUUUCCUUGUAUGAGACCGUUUGUCUCCCUUUGCUGUAUACUGAUUAACCCCAAAAUAUAAGCAGUUUUAACUAUUUAAAGUAGGGAGAGGGAUAAUGCAAAGAGAUGUAUGAAUAUCUUAUGAGUUUUAUUUAUGGCAGGCACAGAGCAUUCGCCAAAUUUGUCCAAAUCCUUUGAUUCUUGCUACCAAAUGGAGAAGUUUAAAUAUUGCCUUUCCGCAGAGUGUAGUGUGGGUGUGUGUCGUUAAAUGAGGUGCAUUUAUUGUACUGUGUGAAGCGUAACGAGUGGCAGGGUAGAAAGGUGUAAAUGAGUGACAGAGAGAUUUAAAUGUGUACAUAUUGAUUGAAAAAACUGAUUGAAAACUAGGGACCACAAUGUAGAGAUGGAGUGCCGACCCUUCCGGUGCACACAGUGACAAUUAGUCCUGAUGGUAUCACGUUUUUAUUGCCAUCCAGUCUUUCUAAUUACGUAUUUUGACUCUUUUAUGACUAGUUUUCAUUAAGAAACAUUUCAGUUCACAGUUAUUCGAUAAAUUCACAGUACAAUUCAAAUGGCAUCCAAAACCGUUACCGUACAUAUGUUUUUUGAUUUGUUAUUUUUUGAAAUAAGUUCCCAUGUUGGUCAACCGGAAGGGGCGGAGCUUCGUCUGUCUGAGGAGAAUCUAAGGAUCAGGGUUUUUAGAUAUGAACUUCAUAAUUUUUUCCUAUUAUCAUGACUUCUAUCAUAGAUUAGCAAAAAAAAUCACAUAUUUGUCACGCAUUGUCUCACACAGGGUCAUUUUAUUUAUUUGGACCCAGAGUCUGCUAUUUUGAGAAGGUGUAGAUGGGAGAAUAAAGGGAGUUGAAGCCUCAUGAGCAGCAGGUUUGACGAUGGCAGGACAGAGUAGCAGCAGCAGGUUGUUAGGGUCUUCAUGGCUUUUGUGGAGCUGAGCAAUGUGUAAAUGUUUUUAAAUGUGUUGGUAGGUGCAUGGCGCAGAUGGAUAAUUGUUGGGUCCUCUGAAGUGCUGAUUACAGAUGUUAAAGAGGAGUUCAUUCAGAACAGGUUGGAAACUUAAUGGCCAAUUCCUGCCCUCUGCUGUUUAAUUCUGGGUCUGUCAUGUUAUGUCCUCAACUCUGAUUAAAACAGAGCGACCCCUCAUGGACAAAUUAGGAACAGCAGUUCAUUUUAUUACACUUCAGUGUAAUUUUCGCACUUUGGGCCUAGAGUGGACCCUCUGGCGGCCCGGUUUUGGCCCCCAGACCUCAUGUUUGAGACCCCUAAAGUGGAGCCUCAGAUUGGCAAGGGUUGCAUAGUUGGAGUUACGGCCUAUUUAAGGUGCUGCAUUGGUGCCCUGUUACGUAGCUCUGUAGAUCUGUGAAGAUUUAAGGAAAUCAACAUGGCCUUGGUGACGACAUUUUGUGUAGAUCGAACGUUGGCUUCAUUGAAACAGGAACAACUAGAGCUGAGUUAAGCACAGGAGGCGCAUUGUGGAUCCUAGGAUUGUGGAUGCAUAUUAAAAGCUCACUCCACUCCAGAACAAAGAAGCUGCUUGUUUUGUCUUCUUUUUUUUUUUUUUUUGGCCGGGGCUAAGUUAAAGCUAGAGCUCCUUGAACGAACUCCUUGGUCGUUCGCAUGUUUUUGACGCUGCCUUCAAGUGACAGCGGAAGUGGUACAACGAGUAGAGUAGUAGAGUUAGGUCCACUGGUCUCGGCAUAGCACCAACACAGCACCAUAGCAGCAGUAGCAUGUUAGCGUGGCUCAGCUGACAUCUGAAUGACAAGGCUGUGGACGCCUUAGAAUGUAAACCCCAUAAAGUUGCUUGUUGCUACCGUUUUAAACCUAAUUUUAUGGUGUGCAAAAAAAAAAAGUACAUCUUCAGUCAACUUGAAUCAUCUUGGGUACUUAAGCGUAUUUUAUUUUUGUAAGGACAGAGAUAUUAUUCAGAGACGGAGGAAAGAGAGCCAGAGAUUUUCUUUUUUUUUCUCCAAAAAUGAGGGCUUGUUCAGUUUACAAUGGCCUUAUUUUGUGUAGGAGACAUUGCUUCACUAUUGUAGCACACAACCGAAAGUUUUGACAAAGUGUAUUUUGCUCGGAAUAUUGUACUGACGUUAUAUAUGUGUAUAUGUAUAGUUUUAUGAAUGUAUUUCUAAACCCUUACACCAGAACGAAGAGUGCAAUCUUUUUGUCAUCUUGUUUGCUAUAUCGUCUCUUUGAAGACUUUUUCCGGGGGGCCUCGCCUGCAUCGGUUUCGGGCAACCCCCCCCCCUCACUUUGACUGUACUGUAUAUUGUAUGUCUUAUUAUUAUUGUUUUAAAAGAACAGCUCUGUGUUUUGAGACUAGCAUGAAAUCUGUCUGGCGAAAUGCAUUUUUAUUUAUUUAAAUCGCCACGAGCAGAGGAUUGCUACCCCCUCCCCCCUUAACAAAUUUACGACUGAUCUAUCACGUUGAUGAAAAUGUUAUAUUUGUACUUUGAGCUAGGAAACGUUUGCCGCAUGGUUUCUCUGAGGAUUUUCUUGUAUUUAACCUUUACGAUAUUAACCACCAAGGGACAGCGAUGAGGGAGAUUUGACCCAGUACGAUAUCAAAAAUGCUGUAUCUUAAAGUAGCAUGGACUUACGAGCCUUACAGUUUCUGAAUCUUCUGGCAAUAACCAUUGGCUGUAGCAUCUACUGUUGCCGGGGCUCUCACCCUUGUCCUAUUUCUCAUACCCUGACGACACAAAGUGGAAUCACAUUUUCAAGCACUAGAAGCAAUUUAGACUCAACGGAGCAUGCGAUGCAUUGUGAAUAAUGACUGUAUGACACGAGAAACGACGUUUUUGUUCUUUUACUUUUCUUUAUUGUCCCCCAAAAAAGCAUGCAUCCCAUACGUGUGUGUUUUGCCACUGUGGCAGCUGUUAACCAGAUGAAACAAACAUCACUGCUGAGCGGAUGGCCACAUUUUGAGUUUUUGCCGCUGGAUGCGCCACUUCGUCAUCGUCCAUGUCUGUAAAUGUCGGUAAUCACAGCACAAGUUUCCUGCAUUCUGUCCUUUUUUUUUUUUUUUAGCUGUCUCUCAGACUAUACUAAGGCCGUGGUAGCUCCCCUCCCCGCUGUCAAGACAACCUUCAUCUUAUCAAGCCCAGCCAAGCACAAAAUACAACCUAGAGAUUGAUUUAAAAAUACUUAAUGGACCACGCUGACUUUUCCAAGCACAUGCAGUAGACUGAUGCCUUGGAAUCAAACACCUGAACAUCUAGUAAGACGAACAAAUCCCUCAGCCCAGUUCAAUUGGAUCGCUGGCGUUGGUAAAUUCGCGGUUGUCUUUUCUCCGACUGGCCUUAAACUUUCCACCGAGGAGUGUUCACAGUGUACGUUUCAGCAGGCAGAGCGUAGCAGACCGUCUGAUGUAAAGGACGCAGUGUGUGGGCGAAGAAGUAUAAAGGGAGCUGUAAUUUUCUACCUGUGCUUUGUAAAUGUUUUCUAUGUGCAGUAUUUGAUAAUGUAAAACUGGUAUUUUUGUGGUUUGUACGCUGCAAAAUUGAUUACUUAAGGUGCACGUAGUUUUGUAAGAAAAUAGAACCAAACUGAGGUAAAAAAAAAAAAAAUAAAAAAAAAAGAUAAAAAAUAAAAAAAAAGUAUUUGGGAUUCAGAAGCCUGUAUUUGCAUGCCCUUUGACAUCUGGACGCAAAGUCAAUAAAGUUUAUUUGAAUCACAAA